CUGGCUUCCUAUCAGUCCUUCUUAUCAGUCAGCAGUCUACUAGGCCUGUCAAGGCGGUUGCUCUGGACUUGGUGCAUGCCCACACGCGCGAAACGACACAGGCGGCCAGGACCGUGUAGCUGAUCACCACGUCAAUCAUCCUCCACGAUUGGCAGCCCGUAGGAAUCGUGGAGGACAAGGCCAGCGCUGCAGCACAUGUCAGCGACGUCUGGGCGCACACAGCAGUGAACGCGAGCGAUAAUCUUUGCAGCACCAUCCAGCCCAACGAGCAGGCUCUGAUCCACGGCCGCUUCCAGGGUGACGAAGCCAAACCCCACAAACCCCCUUCUGAUGGCGCCCUCACAUGCCACCUGCGUCGCGAGGCUAGCUGAGAGAAUUCUGCUUGAUCACGGCCUCUGGAGAAAUGCUCACCAGGCAACGCUACAUUCGCCGUGUUGGCUGAGCGUCCGGCCGGGGCGGCGUCACGAGCUCGUUGGCGAGUAGGUUCCGCCGCAGUGCCUGGCAUUUUCAUUUGAUCGCUGUCGUCGUGGCAAGUACCACACUGCGCCGCAUGUCUGAGCUUCCGAAACUCCUGCCAGUCCACGACACCGACAUUCUCCCAACCAUCAAUGCAACGCAACUAACACGGUGUCGAAAAUGCAGGAGACGCAAUCGAUGGCUGCUUGCACGCUACUUUAUUCCUUCCUCAUGUCAACCCUUCUUUUGACCCUGCCACUUCCGUAGAAUCUGACGGGCCAACGAGAUUUUAGCAUCUUUGCACGUUCAGCAUCCUCCAGACGACGAAGACCACCCUUGAAGCCGCACCUGGGCUCUUUGCUCGGCAAGCUACCCGAUCACUCAUCUCCGUUGGACUCAUGGCGAUUAGUUCUGCUGUCGCAGUCACUCACAAGUGCUGCCCCUUCUGGCUGCGGGCGCACCGAGCGUGCAACUGACUUCGCAUCUAGCCACUGAUCGUUCCCUCCGACUUUUGCGCUGUUUGGUUGCGAGCCUCCGCAUAUUGCCAUCAUGAAAUUUGGUCACAAUCUACCACGAAAUCAGGUGCCGGAAUGGGCAUCUGCCUACAUCGACUACAAAGGCUUGAAAAAGCUUAUCAAAGCCGCUUCCAUCACAGUCAAAGAGGGCAAAGAUGCCGACCUUGCAGGUGGGCGGCGCACCUAGUUUCCCCCCGUAAUUGAUCAAAGUUUGCAGGGCUCUGACUGGCACAAAAGAAUUCUUUUAUUAUCUAGACCGCAACCUCGAAGACGUCGACGCAUUCUACGGCAAGAAAUACGCAGAGUCCGCGCGACGGAUACGUUUGCUUCAAGACCGCUAUGGCAGAAAUGCUAGCAGCCUUGAAGGCAUCGAUCGGGAUGAGAGAGAUGAUCUCAUGGGAGCUCUGCUGGAGCUUCGCGGGCAACUAAGAAAUCUACAAUGGUAUGGUGAAGUCAACAGACGAGGUUUUAUCAAGAUCCUCAAGAAAUUGGAUAAAAAAGUCCCACAUACGUCCACACAGCAAAGGUACCUUGCAAACAAGGUUGAUCCGAAGCAGUUCGCUACAAAUUUCCGUCUGUCACAGGAUCUACGUGCUAUAAACGACUGGCUCUCGACUCUGGGUGACGCUAGAAUUGUGGAUGAUGCAAGUUCUGUACACUCGGCCACGUCUUUUCGCACUGUGUCAUCACGCGCAAUGCUCAGUUUGCCAUCUGGACUACUCGAUACAGUUGAGCAAGUCAUUCGAAACGACGAUGCUUCCGUCCUUUCCGAAGUCUUAUUAGAAGCAAACGUGUCAGACGAUCCGAAAGGCGCAGCUUAUCAGAAGCUACUCUUAAAUUUCCUUCAACGCUCGAUAACCUGCAGAGCAAAGCAUUGUAUUGAGGCGCUUCUUCCACAGAUCUCAAGCCUCGACGAAGAAGACGAUCUCCAUCGGCGCAACGUCCUUCAUCGCUUGGUCAUACACAUCAGCCGUGCGAAGAGAAAUGAGAUCAAAGGUUCCAAUCAGAAUUCCGACAUCUCUUCUAGCAAUGCACAGUUCAUCGUGCCAGCGGAGAUGCCAAUCAACGCGCCACCCCCAUGUGAGACCACAGAGAACGAGCACAGUAACCUUUUGAGUGAAACGGAUGAGGCUGUGCAAUUUUUGAAAUACCUGUUGGACACAUUGGAACCGUGUCAACGAUCAGCACUUCAAGCAAGAGAUAGCUAUGACCGUCUACCCUUGCAUUAUGCAGCACAAUAUGGCUUCGUCGUCAUAUGUCAAAUCAUAAUCAAGUAUAUGCAAGACUGGAAUAUGUUCGAUGUUAGCAAAGGCAUCGAUUCUCCGGAGUGGCAAGACAGCGAGGGUCUUGCGCCAUUGCAUCUAAGCGUAAUUAACCAACACCCUCUAACUACCAAGGCACUUCUCGAUGCCGAGAAGUGGCGUGGAGCGACUGACGCCCAGCUCGAGUCAAGGAAGGAGAUCACCAAGUCUGGUGCUGUUUUGGCACUGGCAACCAAGGCAAACAAUGUCGCAAUUGUGCAGCUCCUCGUGGAAGCUGGAGUAGACGUCAACUACCAAGACGAGCAAGGAGAAUGUGCAUUACAUGUGGCGGCUCGAUUCGGUCACACGGAAUGUGCGAAAGUUCUCAUACAAGGCUCGUCAACAGAAAAAGCUGACCUGAAUUUACCGGAGAAGAUAUUCGCAUGGACGCCGCUGUUCAUAGCAUGUGUCGACGGGCAUUUACCAAUCGUCGAGCUGUUGAUUGCCAGUGGCGCCGAUCUGGAACGUGUGGACUCCUCAGGGUGGACCGCUAAAGAACAUGCUGCACUGCGUGGGCACAUGGAUAUCGCUGAGAAACUUGCUCCUCUGACGAAGGGUCGAGUUACGCAGACUGAAUCCUUGUCAACUCCGGCUUUUUCCAGCUCUCCACCAAACGCUCUUUCGUUAGAGGACCGCAGGUCAAACACAGUAUCCAAAGAGAACCAGUUACGUGCACCCGAACCUGUGAAAACAUUCGGCCACCGUUAUUUGCAAGGGGAGUCUUUGGUGCUUGUCAGCUUGGGGAGCAUGGAUACCAGGAAGGUUGUGGAUGCAGUCAAACUAGAUGCUAUUCCUUUAGCUGAUGCGCACGCAACGCAGCUUGACACAGCACUAUCCAUAGUGGUUUCCGCGUCUGGUGCGACGGGUGAACCUACAGUCAUCGAUUUACCCAUCCAAGAGAAUAUCAGCACAGACCCAAUCAGUUUUCGCACUUCAGAUGCAUCUAAAGUGAAACUCCUGUUUGACAUUGUGCCUACGUAUGCAGGUUCGAAUGAUAGAAUCGUCGGAAGAGCUGUAGCAUUGCUUUCCAGCAUAAAACCGGCUAUAGGCUCAAAACGCAUGUCAUUGCAAGGCGACGUUAGCGUACCGAUCAUGUCUGCGAGUACUCUCGAGGUUAUUGGCGUAGUCAACUUCAACUUCUUGGUCAUCCACCCAUUUUCGCACCCGAAUAUGGAAAUCUCAGAGCAACGUACAUACUGGAAGAAAAUGGCUGGGGUUCCACAAAUUAUUGGUCACCGUGGCUUAGGAAAGAACAUGGCUGGUCGGCGGUCAUUGCAGCUCGGUGAAAACACAAUCCAAUCUUUUAUCGCCGCUGCGAACUUGGGCGCAACCUAUGUUGAGUUUGACGUACAACUUACCAAGGAUCACGUACCAGUCAUUUACCACGAUUUCCUCGUCAGCGAGACUGGAAUUGAUGCACCAGUGCACACCCUUACACUCGAGCAAUUUCUUCAUGUUAGCCAAGCACAGACACCGAAGCCGUCACGGGCAUCAUCUCCAAAGCCAAGCGAGCCCGCUGUUGCAGGGAAGUCGGCUCCCAGACGGCCACGAGCGCAAUCUGUCAGCAGCUUCGACGAUAAAGAUCGCGUAAAUAUAGAUAUGAACGAUCGUAUGAAGCAUACGCGAGAUUUUAAGAAGAAAGGUUUCAAGGGCAAUCUUCGCAAUCACUCCAUCCAAGAAUCUUUUACAACUUUGGAAGAGAUGUUCAAGAAAAUUCCUGAGUCGACAGGAUUCAAUAUUGAGAUGAAGUACCCGAUGCUAUUCGAGUCAGAGGAACAAGAAAUGGACACGUAUGCGGUGGAGCUCAACUCGUUUGUUGACACAGUCCUCAAGAUGGUUUACGAUUAUGGAAAGAAGCGAAACAUCAUAUUUUCGUCGUUCAACCCAGACAUAUGCUUACUACUCUCGUUCAAACAGCCGUCAAUACCGAUCUUGUUUCUGACUGACGCGGGCACUUCUUUUGCCGGCGAUAUCAGAGCUACAAGCUUGCAAGAGGCAAUUCGCUUCGCUUCAAGAUGGAAUCUGCUAGGAGUUGUGACAGCAGCAGAACCGCUAGUGCUCUGUCCUCGCCUUGUGCGCGUGGUCAAAGAGAGCGGUCUAGUAUGCGUGAGCUACGGUGUGCUCAAUAAUGAACCAGAUAACGUUCAGUUGCAAUUCAAUGAAGGCAUCGAUGCAGUUAUCGUCGACAAUGUCCUUGCUGUCAGAAAGGGUCUCACAAGCAAAGCAAAACCAUCUUCAGCUGCCUCCCCAAGUUCGGAGCCUGCCAAUCCCGUCAUUGGAAAAGGCAAUGAUACCGUUGAAUCGCAAAAUGAUGGGACUCUCAAGAAUACUGUAGCAGCGACCAUGAAUGAGUCACCAGUUUGCUCCAAUGAGACGGCGGAGGCUAUUCGGUCAGCCAUUCGCUCCCAACAGUAGGCAAUUUGAAGCAGGUGGUCAGUACAAGCCGUAUAUAGAACAAUAGACUGUGAGAUCUCGCUUCAACAUGCGAAUCAUCUGUGGGAAUAAAAUUCAUGUACAUAAUGGUACCGUGUCCAAUGGAAAGAAAUUCAAAAAGUGGCCGAUGUCAUUUGUGACUUUGGCUUUGGGUGCCCCCACAUACA